GGGGGGCGGGACGUCCGCCCAUCAGAGAAGACCGCUCCUCUCUUCUGUUUCAGAAAAACAGCGCUAAUUUGCCGGACCGGGGGCUGGCGGCUCUGCUGUAAGGGGCAGGAGGGCGGGCUGGCAGUAGACGUGCGGGCGGCGGUACGGGCCGACGACGGGGCCCGCCGCCUGCUGAGCUGGGCUCUGCGAGCGGGGGCGUCGCCCUCCGGGGGCCUUCAGGUUCGGCUGUGCGCGGCCCUGGCGAGUGGGUGGGCCCCGUGCGCGGCCGCCGUAAUUGAAAACUUGCACUCGGACGUAUUAAAUAUUAAUUACGCAGGGACGGGGGGGGGUGGAGCAGCCCGGAAUGAGACGAGCGGAUCCCGACACGGAGUGCUUCGCGGGCCGUUAGCGGGCCGGGACCCCCGUGGGUGACAGAUGGGUGUCCGGAGCCUGGCCUCCUCUCGGGCGAGCUAAGCGCCGCCCUUCCCGGCGGGAGUGUCUGUGAGCAGCCGGGCCUGCCGAUUGCCGCGGCCGCGGAGCGACGCCACAGCCCCACAGCACUCAUUCGUGGAAAAUAGGCCGUCCUUCUCCGGGCUUCAGCCAGCCUCUGAUCCACAGCGUCCGGCCUUUUUUCUUAAACAACUCCUCUCUUGUGUUUUUAUUAAUGCGGGAUGAGCGAUCAAAAGAAGGAAACAAUGUCGUCAGAAGGAGGGAAAUCAUCUGGCGGUGAUUAUGCUAAUAAAGGCAAAACUUCGGGAUCCCAGGAGGCGCAGCCGUCUCCCCUCGCCCUGCUGGCCGCCACAUGCAGUAAGAUAGGAGGGGCUCCGGGAGAAGCGCCGGCGCAGCAGCAGCAGCACCAGCAGCACCAGCAGCAGUUCAUCCUCGACCCGAACCAGGGGCUCGUCCAGCUGCAGAGCCCGCCCCAGCAUCUGGACCUGGUCACCACGCAGCUGGGCAGCGGCUGGCAGAUAGUGGCAGCCUCCCCCGCCGUCCCGAAGGAGAGCAUCGCCCAGGCUAGCGCCGCCGGAGCCGGCAGCGCAGCGUGCAGCAGCAGCAGCAGCAAUGACGGGAGGAAGGUUAAAGCGGCCGGGCAGCAGCAGCAGCUCCAGGUCAUACAGGUGCAGAACAUGCAGAGCCCCUCCGGAGGCAUCCAGUAUCAGGUGAUCCCGCAGAUCCAGACCGUGGACGGCCAGCAGAUCCACAUCAGCUCCGGCCACCCCGCGGCUCUCGGCGUGCCGCAGGAGCAGAUCCAGCUCAUCCCGGCCGCCGGCGGCCAGGCGAUCAUCGCGGCGCCCAGCAGGGCGCCCUCGGCCGGGCUGGUGGCCCAGAGCGCGUCCGGCCCGGCCGUCCCGUUCCAGCUGCGGCCGGGCAUGUCCUUCCCGCUGCAGCUGCAGACCAUCCCCGGCGCGCAGACGCAAGUGGUGACCACGGUGCCCAUCAACAUCGGCGGCGUCACUCUGGCUCUGCCGGUGAUCAACAACGUGGCCGCCGGGGGAGGGUCUGUCCAGCUGGUCCAGCCCCCCGACGCCGGGGUCUCCAAUGGGAGCCAGCUGGUUUCCACGCCCCUGUCCACGGCUGUCAGCACCAUGCAGGAAUCCCCCGCCACUCCCACCUGCACGGCCACCUCCGCCGCCCUGCCCAGCAGCGACACCCUGGCCGCGGCCCCGGCGGAGGGCGGACAGGACACCGCCGCUCCCGAGGGCGCGUCCUCGGAGCCGGAGCCCCAGAGCGCCCCGCCGGCCGAGCCGGACCCCCCGGGCCCGGUCCAGUCCAACGGGCUGCAGCCGGAGCCGCCGGGUCAGAUCCAGCAGGUGCAGAUCGUGGGGCAGCCCGUGCUACAGCAGAUCCAGAUCCAGCAGCCCCAGCAGCCCCAGCAGCAGCUCAUCCAGGGACUCUCGCCGCAGGCCAUCCAGCUGCAGCCCGGACAGGCCCUGCAGAGCUUGCAGCUCCAGGCGGUGCAGAGCCCGGCCCAGGUGCUCAUCCGGGCGCCGACCCUCACCCCGUCCGGCCAGAUCAGCUGGCAGACGGUGCAGCUGCAGAACAUCCAGGGCCUCUCGCCCGGCGUGCAGGUGCAGAGCGCCGGGGUGGCGCCGCAGCUCACCCUGACGCCCGUGACCACCAGCGCCAGCGGGGGCUCCUUCGCGCAGAUCACCCCGCUGGCCCUCAGCGGGACCCCCAUCACGCUGAGCGCGGCGCAGCUGACGUCGGUGCCCAACAUCCAGACCGUGAAUAUCGCCAACCUGGGCGCCGCCGGCGUGCAGGUGCAGGGAGUCCCCGUCACCAUCACCGGCGUGCAAGGCCAGCCGCAGAGCCAGGACGGCGUGAAGGUGCAGCCCGCGCCGGUGACGGUGGCCGUGGGCAACAUCACCAACGCGGCCCUGAGCGCCGUCAGCCCCGACCAGAUCGCGCAGGUGCAGAUCCAGCAGGGCCAGACCGCCUCGGACCAGGAGGGCCAGCCCAGCAAGCGCCUGCGCAGGGUGGCCUGCUCCUGCCCCAACUGUCGAGACGGCGAGGGCAGGAAUAACAGUGAACCCGGGAAGAAGAAGCAACACAUCUGCCACAUCGAGGGCUGUGGGAAGGUCUAUGGGAAGACGUCGCACCUGCGCGCUCACCUGCGCUGGCACACGGGGGAGAGACCCUUCGUGUGCAACUGGAUCUUCUGUGGGAAGAGGUUCACCAGGAGUGAUGAGUUGCAGAGACACCGCAGGACACACACAGGUGAAAAAAGAUUUGAAUGUCCGGAAUGUUCCAAAAGGUUCAUGAGGAGCGAUCACCUUUCCAAGCACAUCAAGACGCACCAGAACAAGAAGGGUGGAGCAGCCCUGACCAUUGUCACCACAGAGGACAUGGAGGCCACAGUCAACGAGGUGCUGGGCUCCCCCAGGAUUGUCACUGUGGCCUCGCUCUCCCAGGACUCCAAUCCCACCACGCCCACCGCCUCCAGUGGCAUGGAGGAGUUCUAGCCCGCGGAGUCGGGUCUGGGCGUCGCUCGCACCCAAGGUCACAUGCCUUUCGAGAUAUGAAAGUGGACUGAAGAAAAAAAUGUUCAUGCACAUCAGAUUUUUUAUGAGAGAGAAAGAAUAUGUACUGAGAAAAGUCUAGUAAAAAAAAAAAUCUUUAAAAAAGAUGUCUAUAUCGAGAGUCCGAUAAGCACAAUGACUGGGUAAUGCCAGUGUGAGGGUAAUGAGUGUGCCACUAGGAAGGGUCGUUCUUUUGGGGGGGAAAUCUAUUUCUAUGCACAAAAAAUGAUUUCUAGCUUGACCUCAUUAGUUAAAGCAAGCAUUAGUUUUAGUUUACUGGUGUGUCUUUCGUAACAGACUUCAGUCUUCGGACGCGACCAAGGGUACAGACAGAGGAAGACAGGAGAGUCUUCAUUUCAAACUCACCUCAGCUGCAGAAGAGCUGAGUGACCCCCCCACGCUGAAGCCCGGGGGGGUUCUUUUCAUUCACUUGGGAAAACCAGGGAGGGGUCACAGUGAAAGGGUCCAUCUGUCCGUACAUGAGCAGCAUGUAGAAGCCCUUAGAGCAGAGGCAUACGACGGUGUCUCAUUAAAUCUUUUUCCUGAAGAACUGAUCAGUUGGCUCUUUCCAUUAACUUGGGAAAAAUGAUAUUAGUUUGAGAGGAAAAAAAGCACAGACUGACAAAUUUAUAAAUAUCGCAUACGUUUUUUUUUAGAAACGGACAAUGCUGACUUUUUUAACAAAAAGAUGUAAGCUGCCUCCUUAAUUGUGCUUUACUAAGGAGGUGAUACUCUGAAGACAAUCUUUCUGAAACCAUGUUUACAUUAGAAAACAAAGGUCACGCUUUGAUCUUUUAUAUUAAAGGCAGUUUGUUACACUCACCUCAUUUUCAAUAGAAUUUAAAAGUAUGUUUUGCUUUUCUGUUCAUUUGAAGAUACUAAAGUAACACAUUAGGGACUAAAUCGCCUUAAUAUGUAGAGAAGAUGCAGACCCACUCUCCAGCUCCAGAUAACCAGAGGGGCCUGCAGAUACCUACUUUGGUUCCCCUGUGAAGAAUCUGAUGUUCAUUGUGAGGUUGUGUUCCAAGUCCACUAGUGUGUCUUCAAAGGGAUGUAAGACGGUGCCCAAUUCCCAUGCGGGCAGCAGCUGCUGCAGGCGCAGGAGAAGGCGGGCACAGGUGUGCAAUAGCUUUGAAUGAAAUGACCUUUUGUGCUUUGUUUUUUUUCCAUUCCUUUUCCUGUUGUAAUGUUGAUGCCUCUGUCUCGCAUUGUCUUAGAGCAGGCCCAAUUAGCAAUUAUGAUGUUAAAAUAAGUUGUGCCAGUGCCGUUAUAGAUGUUAGUUUAUGGAGAUCUUAUUUCAGUUAUAUUCAUAUAUAUAUAUAAUGGCAGCAUUAGGUGACUGUGUACCUUCUGGUUUAUUUAUCCUUAUGUUCUUAUUUGCCUUUUGCAAAUUGAAAAACAAAGCUGUAGUGUAUUGUAAGUUUUCCUAUUCAGGAUAUAAUGAGCAGCAUGUUUUAUUUAUGUUUAUAUAUUCAGGUAUUGUACUGAUAAUUUUUAACCUUGUGGUCUUAUUAUAUAUGUAAUAAUGCCAUCUUAAUUUAACCUGCUUUUCUCUUACACAAGUAUGUGUAAAAAAAUAAAAAUGUCAAAACUGUUUAAAACAGGAUAAUUGAUACCAAACAAUUGCAAUGUUUUUGGGUAAGAUUUUGUGUGACAGAUAAUUUUCCUUAAUAUUUUCUAGCAGCAUCUCAUUUGUAAAUCUUUUUCUAAAACUUUUGUUUGUGUCAUCAUGACGUUUAAUAACAGAUUUUGCCAGAUAAGCCUUAAAGGCUUUGGUUUAUUGACAUUUUUUUAAAAACGAUUUGUACAAAAGUGAUUUGUGGACAAAAAAGUUAAAAAAAAAAGUUGCCUGCAUAAUAUUUGCAAGUGACUAAAUAAAACUUUAAAAUAAAAUCUUA